AUGGAUGCAUCAUCUAACAACAAUUCAAUUAUAUUAUCUAGAAAUGUUUUUCUUGUCCAAGAUUCUAAUGCUCCUUCAAAUCACAACCAAGCACAUUACUAUUAUUUCACACGAUUUGAUCCUUUACUAUCUCCUGUCCGCACCAAUAUUAUCCGAUCCCGUGCCAAAUCAAUCGGACGACAAUAUUAAAGAAAGUGAUAAGAAGAUUAGUGGCGGUGAAUUAGUGACGGUAAUGAACAAACUUGGUAUGCCUUGCGAGGAUGAUCAGCCAUAUGAGGGAUGGUUUGGAUCGGAAGAGUUGUCGGGCUUAUUUGAGGAGGAUGGGCCGAGCUUUGAUGAGUUGAAAGAGACAUUCGACGUGUUUGAUGAGAAUAAAGAUGGGUUCAUCGAUGUAAGAGAACUGCGGAGAGUUUUGAUAAGACUGGGGUUCGAGGAAGAGUCGAGCACGGAAUUAAGGUGUGAAAGAAUGAUAAGAGGUUGCGAUGAAAAUGGAGAUGGGUUAGUUGAUUUGAGGGAGUUUGUUAAGCUCAUGGAGAAGUGUUUUCUUUAAGUACCUAGCUAUAGAUCAGAUUGAUUCACUAAUGUUACAAAAAAAAAAAAAAAACUUAAAAAAUACACAUAAUUAUUAAAUAACCCAUCCAGUCUUUACUUGAUGACUUAACAUAUAACUAUUAAGAUCAAUAAAUAUAAAUAUAUAUAUUGGGACUCUUCAUCAUGAGAGG